AUGAAUAAAAAAAGCUCAAUUUCAAAAAAGUCUGGAUAUGCAUAUAGAAAACACAAAGAAGUAAAACUUCGUUUGGCUGCCGGGGCCUCGCAAAAAUGCAAGAUAAAUAAUUUUUUUCAACAGAAAGAUUCAUCGUUCAAUACAUUAACGACGCCAACCCACCUUUCCAACUCUGAACUGUCCUCUAGCUCUUCAAACUCUAAUAUAAUUAAGUAUAAUAUUGAUACCACAACUGAAUUGAGUUCAGGUAGUGAUAGUUUUGCUUCUGCCUCGUUUAUUACUGAUAAAAGUUUAUUGGUGGUUGGACAAAAUAAAGAAAAUCAUUUAGAUGAUGAGCAUGAAAUUGAGCAAGAGACUGACAUUGUUAUGAAAAAUGAUUUUAAUAUGAACUUGAAUUUGUCCAAUUCUGAAAUAAAUUCAUUCGAUUAUCCAAGCGAUCCUUAUUUAUUUAAAAAUACCCAUUUGGACCCAGGAAAAAUCCGGGAACUUAUUUCUAUAGGACCCUGUCAGCCGGGUUUAGCAGAUGACUAUAAUGUAUUUCCAACAUGUACUGGCAACAGAAAAUUUUUAACAAGUUGGUACCAAACAGAAGGAAACAUUCGUAGCUGGCUUAUUUACUCCCCCAGGGUCAAUUCCCUAUUUUGUUUUUGCUGUUGGCUGUUUAAUAAUUCAAAUCAAACUGUUUGGUCUGAUCCAAAAAAUGGUUUUAAAAAUUUUAAAAAGGGACCAGAAAAAAUAAGUCAGCAUGAAAAAAGUCAUUUGCACCGAAUGGCUUAUAAUAAAUUAGUUAUUACUAAAUUACGCCUUAGUAAAGAUUUAACAGUUAUUGAACAGCAAAUAAGCAAAGAGAAAUUAGAAGUUACCAAAAAUCGAGAGGCGAUUAAACGUUUAAUCGACAUUAUAUUAUAUUUAGCAAAGCAAUCCUUGCCUCUAAGAGGUCAUGAUGAGUCUGAAAAAAGUCAAAAUAAAGGCAAUUUUUUAGAGCUCGUAAAUCUUAUUAAAAAAUAUGAUGCGGUACUGGCAGCGCAUUUGGUUGAUGCCUCAAAAGUGGCAAAAUAUACAAGCAAUAAGAUUCAAAACGAACUUAUCGAUCAUUUAGCUCGUGAAGUUUUAAGUCUUAUUACAAAAAACAUUAAAGAAGCAACAUAUUUUUCCUUAAUUGUAGACUCAACCCAAGAUUUUAACAAAAAAGAGCAAUUAUCUUUAUCAUGCCGAUACGUAAAUAAGUUUGGAUUGCCUGAAGAAAGUUUUCUUGCUUUUAUUAAUAUACCUGAUGGUUCAGCUCAAACCUAUUUUUCAACUAUCACGAAUGAGCUAAAUAAGUUGAAUAUCGACAUAAGGUUUUGUAGGGGUCAAGGGUAUGAUGGGGCCAGUGUUAUGUCCGGACACAUAAAUGGACUACAAUCAAAAGUUAAGGAAAUAGUACCAGAGGCAAUAUAUGUGCAUUGCUGUGCUCAUAAUUUAAACCUGGCGUUAGUAGAUGCUGCCUCCUGCAAUGCAGAAGUAAAAUUAUUUUUCGGGACAUUGGAAAAAACUUAUGUUUUUAUCACAGAGAGCUUUCCUAAAGUAAACCUUUUUAAAAACAUUCAGGAGAAGCAUUCCGAAAAUUUGGUAAAAAAAUUAACUUUAAAAAAACUUUCUACAACAAGAUGGGCCAGUCAUUUAAGGGCUGUUACUUCAUUUUAUGUGAAUAUUCAGGUUAUUGAAGAAACAUGUAAAAAAAUAGUAUCUGGUGAGUUAAAAAACACGACAAGUCUUCAAACUGCCGAAGCUUCAGGAAUUUUAAGUGUCAUUGAAACUUUUGAAUUUAAAUUUCUUCUGUGCUUUUGGAAAGAAAUUUUAACGAAAAUAAACAUUUUGUCUAAUUACAUGCAAAACCCCAAAUUAAAUAUUUGCACGGCAUCUGCAAUGAUUUUAAGUACCAAGAAAUGUAUUGAAUCAAUUAGAAAUUCGCAUGAAAAGUCAUUUUUGAUUUUUAAAAAGCAAGCAACAGAAUUAGCUAUGAAGUGUGGAACCACUACUACAUUUGCAAAUAAACGGAUAAGGACAAAAAAAUUUCAUGACGACAUUCAAAGGGAUUUUGUUAUCGAAAAUGCUGAAGAAAAAUUUAAAAUAUCUAUGUUUUACACAAUUUUAGAUGUAUUUAUAACAACUUUGUCCAGUAGAUUUAAAGACUUUAUAUCCCUUGCACAAAAAUUUUCAUGUUUGGUAAAAUUUCAAGAUAAUGAAGAAAACAUUAAAUGUCUUAUGGAUCUUCAAAUAUUUUAUAGCAAAGAUGUGGGUACUUCGGUUAUUGACGAAUAUAGAAUGUUUUGUGGCCUUUUAACGGAAAUCCAAAAUGACAAUAAUAAUCUUUCAACAGAAGAAUAUUUGCCGUUUUUAAUUUCAAAUAAUUUAGUUUCGUCAUACUCAGCUCUAUGCAAUCUAUUAAAAAUUUUUCACACCAUACCAAAUAAUAGCGCAGGAGCGGAAAGAACUUUUAGCAGACUAAACAAAAUUAUUAACUAUCAAAGAUGCACCAUGACACAGGAAAGGACAAACAACUUGGCCUUACUAUGUAUUGAAUCUGAAAAAGCACAAAUGAUAGAUUACGAUAAGUCACCUGUAUCACGAGGCAGACCUUCAAAAUCAUUUGAGGAAAAGUCACAGCGGAGUAGACAGAGAGAUGUGCAACCUAUUGUUUUAGAUUACAGCACAGAACAACUAUGCUUGGCAGCAGAAACAAGUUUGGUAAAGUCAGGCCAGAGAAAUGUUGCACAAGUUAUAAAAUUGGCCACCGAAACAUCGCCAAGAAAAUUGAAAAAAAUGAAAGAGGUACAUGACGCACCAGCUCCCACUUUAAGACCGUACAGCCCUGAAGAAGCUCUGGGUCUUAUAGUAGAUCUUGGAUUAACAAAAGAAGACUACAUUACUAUAAGACUUGGAGCAAAAGAAAGAGGGGCAGAUAUUUAUCCCUCUUAUCAUUUAAUUGGAGAAGCAAAAAAAAUGCUAUCCCGCCAAUGUCAACGAUUGGCAGAAGUACAGUCUGAUGUAAUUUUAGAAAACAUCACAGAUAAUUGUGAUACCAUCGACAUCCAUUAUAAAUGGGGCUUAGAUGGACAUAGUAUAUAUAAACAAAAUUUUUCAAAUAACACAGAGUACGCGGACUCUAAUAAUAUUAUUAUCCUAUGUACAAUUGUACCACUGCAGAUGUCCCAAGGCCAGAAGAUAUAUUGGAAGAAUCCGACACCGUCUUCGACAAGGUAUUGCCGACCAAUUGUAUUUAAAAUACAAAAGGAAAAUACCUCCAAUGUUAAGGAAAUCUACAGCGACAUCGAAAGUCAAAUUUCAAAAAUGGGACCAACAUUGCAUAUCUUAGGGAAUAGAGAAAUUAAAUUUAAACAUCUCCUUAUAUGUAAGAUGCUGGAUGGUAAAACCGUGAACAUUCUGAAGGACACAGCAAGCUCCCAGGCAUGUAAUGUUUGCAAAGCCACUCCAAAGGACUUCAACAAUUUAGAAGUGGUAACAAAAAGAGUUUGUGCUGAAGAAACUUUUAAGUACAGUAUUUCUGUGCUACAUGCCUACCUAAGGUGUUACGAAUAUUUAUUACAUAUAGCAUAUAAGUUGGAGUUAAGGCAGUGGCAAGCAAGGGGCGAACAAGCUAAGGCUCAAGUUAGAGAGAAAAAAAGUGAACUGGCUACUCGAUUUUAUAAUGAAAUGGGCCUCGUUGUUGAUCAGCCAAAAUAAGGCGGAGGCAAUAGCAACGAUGGGAAUACUGCUCGUAAGUUUUUUAAAAAUCCCUUGUUGGUUUCCCACAUAACUGGUAUCGACAGAGAACUGAUCGAAAAAUUUGCCAAUAUUCUCUCCAUCAUUUCAUGUGGGUACUACAUCCAAGAGGAUAAAUUUAAAAUAUAUUGUCAGAAAACUGCAGAGUUGGCCAUAAACUAUUGAUUCAUCGGGGUGACAUUAUUAAAUCACUUCCUUUGUCAGUAGGCCAAUUAUCAGAGGACGUUAUUGAAAUGGGGCACAAGGAAUACAAAAAAUUCAGGCAAUAUUAUUCCAGAAGAACGUCUAGAGAAAAUACGAACAUGGAUAUAUUUAAUUGGAUGUUGGUAUCUUCUGACCCUAUUAUAACAAAUAGGCGAAAAAAAGCGAAAAAAACGAAGAGUAAAUAUAAUGAAGUGGUCUUAAAUAUGUUAAGAACUCCUACCUUCUGUAGCGGUAAUGAAGAAUGGGAUACGGAAGAAGAGGAAGAUGGUGAAUGCUAAUAUGUUCAAUUUAUUAUGUUUAAUAUUUUACGACCUAUUGUAUAUUAAAUUUUAAAUAAAUAUUUUGAUUAAGGGUUUUUGUCUAAUUAGUAUUUUUGAUAUCCUCUUUAAACCUAUUAUUAUUUUGAGAUUUUUUUUUGUAAAGUCAUUUUUAAGAAAAUUAAUGGUUAUGGUAAAAAAUAACACUCGGUAUAGUAAAUUAAAGUUUUGAAUAUAAUUUUAUUUAGCGCUAAUAAAAACCUUUUUAUCCUACAUAAAAAUUGUCUACCUAUUUUUUUAACACUUAAUUAUUUUCUUUUAAUUACACAAAAUAAUCAAGAAAAUAACAAAACUUUGCAUUUUUUUAAGAUAAACAUUAAAUCAAGUCCUUAAAAGCAUUUUUUAUCAUCAUAAUCGCAAAUAACCCGUUUUAAUAUUUUUGGCGCCGUAAUUUGGUGAUUCGUCCGUAUGUGCACCGGGUCAUACAUGACGUUCCAAAGUAACGGGCCCAGCACCGAUCCUUGAGGGACGCCGCAUGUCAUGGGGAUGGCUGCUCCAUCCACCCAGACAGUCCUGCCCUUUAAGUAGGCCGCCACGGUCUGCACCAGGUAGGGCGAUAUAUUUCUCCCGGAGAGCUCUCUGAGGAUGGCCUUCCAUGAUGCACUGUUAAAAGCGUUUUUAACAUCUAGCGUGAUCAGGGCACACAGCUUCCGAUGCGUGUACGAUAUUCGUCUAACCUCCUCUACCAGACUAGCUAGCGUGUUUGUGUGGACCUGCCUGGUCGAAACCCAUGUUGUCUGUCCGACAGUUCGGCCCUCUCCUCUAAUUCCCUUCUCAGUCUUGCGACAAGGAUCUGUUCAAAUAGCUUGCCUGCUGCAUCAAGCAUGCAAAGUGGCCGGUAGGUCUGCUCCGGCCCGCUGCUGGCUUUAGGUAUCAGGACCAGUCGAGCCCGUUUCCAUUCCUCUGGGAAGGCCCUUCUUCGGAGCAGGUUAGUGAAGACUGAGGCCGCCCAGUCUGGAGCUGCCUCCGUUGCCCAUUUUGCCACUUCGGGUGGUAUUCCAUCCAUCCCCGGGGCCUUUCCGCUUGACAGCCUACUUGUGGCUAUUGCGACCUCUUCCACCGUGACAGCUGGGACUUCGGUCUCAUCGUCCCCGCUGUCGUAGCGCUCCCAAUUGAUGGCCCUUGCCUUUGGAAAAAACAGGCUUGAAAUUCUCAGCUGUUCAUCUUUCUCGAGGGGGGGGACUCGGGCACCCAGCUUGCCAAGUACUAUUUUGUACCCCUGUCCCCACAUAUCGUCGUCCACCUCGCUUAAGAGCUUUUUCCAGCAGGACUCCUUGGACUUCCUAAUGGCCAGCUUCAGGGCUCUUUUUGAGGUUUUUACCGCCUCGCAGAAUCGGUCCAGUGUCUCCAAGGUCUCGCGGCGUCUUUUUGCCCUGGUGAGGUUCCUGCGGGCCAGUGUGCUUUCAUCCCUUGCUUUGGCUAUUUCGUCCGUCCACCAGUACUUUGGCUUUCUGGUUGCAUUGUAGAUAACUUUCCGGCAGGCUGUCCUGCAGGCAUCCGUCAGCGCUGCCGUCCAGUGCUCUGCUUCUGCGGUGUGGGCUCUUUGCCUGGCGUGGGCCCGUAUUACCUGUUGGACUCCUUCGCGUUUGCUAGGGGUUGCCCUCCAUCGCUGGCUGGUGGUUUCCCGUGUAGGGGCAGGCCGUUCCGUCGUGAUCGUAAAGAGAAUAUCCCUAUGAUCACUAAGGUUUUCAUCCUCCCUUACUGUCCAGCUCUCUACUCGGGCAGCCAGGGCCAGGGAUGUGGCCGUAACAUCCAGAAACGACUCGCUCAAUCUGCGCGUGAAGGUAGGGGUCUCGCCCUGGUUGAUCACGUGGAGGUUUAACGCCGCUAGCGUGUCGGCCAAGAGUCUUCCUCUGACAUCCUCGACUGUGCCUCCCCACAGUGGUGACUUUGCGUUAAAAUCGCCGCACGCCAGGGUAUUGCCAGCCGUCAUCCUUACCAUGCCGUCCAUGCGCCCCAGGAAGGCCUCGAAGUUUGCCAGUGGCACGUUCGGGGAGAUGUAUCCCGCUAUAACCAGCAGGGAUCCUGCCUUUGCACUUAUUAUGCCAUCCGCAGUGGUGACAACUACUAACCUGGCGCCCUUUAGAGCCACUAGAGCAACGUCUUCUCGCGGGUCGAGGAUUACCCCCAUGGCCUUCGCUCUAGCUCGAUUUGGCUCUGAGGCAAUCAGAAAGUCCACCCCCUCUGUUGCGGCGGUUUGCAGAGCCAAGUCCCAUGCCCCUCUGCUGCGAUUUUGGUUUGUCUGCAUGAACCUUAGCUUGCCAUGCUGUGGGAGAUUGACCUGUCCUCUCCUCCCCCUUGUGCCUGUGCUGUCGCAGAUGCGGGGGGCAAGUGAAAAUCCACUGCUUUGUCUGCGUCUGCUGGCUCGGUUGUCUCCAUUGCAGUUUCGUCUGUGCCUUCUUUCGGCGCACUGCCUGCUGUUGGUCGCAGGCAAUCCUUCCGUUGUGGCUCCGCAUUCAGGCCCAUGCACUUUCCGGAGCCUAUCCUGUGGCCUUCCUUUCCGCAUUUUAGACACCGCUCCGGUCCUUGACAUUGUCUAGCCUUAUGUCCAUCCUUUCCACACUUGUAACAAGAAGCCCAGCGGUCUGGACCCUUGCACUCUUUCGAGAAGUGCCCCACUUCAAGGCACCGGUAGCAUUUUUGCUCAUUUGUCAUGUGCCUGACUCGGCAUCUUACCGGCCCGACCAUGAUGUUCGUCAGUCCUAUCAGUUUGUUCACCGUGUCUCUUCCUGCAGAGAAGGUGGCAGCUUGUGUGCUUCCAUAGGUCUUUCUGAGCCGAAUGACCCUUAGGCUUGCCCCGUCACCAGCUGCUAUCCGUAGCGCCUCAGUGACCUCUUCCUCUGUGGCCAGAGCAUCCAUGUUCGUAAUCUCGGCCAGCCGAAUACCUCCUGCAACCCUGGCUGGAGCGUGGUCAUCUCUAAGGGUGUCUGCUAACUUCUGGGCUUCCGCGUUGCUCCCGGUUGUUUCCACGAUUACGUCCCCUUUUCUGGUCUCCCUUAUGGCUUUGAUGGCCACCUCCGGUGUCAGCGUCUUCAGCCUUUCUUUGACGCUCUUUAGAGUCUCCCUUACUCCCCGUACUGAUGAUCACCGCACCCUCUCGUGUCCUGCCCUUUUUGUCAGUCGGGGCUGACAUCGCCUGUCGGGGAUUGGCCUGAGAUGGGGUUUUUUCGCUUCUUCCGCUCUUGCUCGCCACCUCGCUCCAUGUACGAGCUUUGCCCUUGACCCCGUUUUCAGGUCUCGUGAGUAGGACCUUUAUAUCCUCUUCGUGCCACAGGUCCCUAAUCUCAAGCUCUAUCGCGUCGUGUCCAGGCAGCGACCCAAGUACCACUUGUCUUAUACUUUUCUCCUUGAUUUCCCUUCUCAGUUCCCUAAGGCAUUCCAUUCGAUCCUCAGGUGCGGGGGUGUCAAGGUUGCCCUUUUGAUAGAUCAGAUGCCAUGUGGCGUUCAUCGCCUCCCCGCUUUGGACUCCGUCCACUGUUGAGAUGACACGUUGCUCAACUGGUAUCGCUCUUCCCGCCGUUGGCACGGCAUUUCCAGGAAAUCGCUGGUGAAAAUCUUCACCGGUAGCCCACCUCGUCCUGGCAAAACCAUCCGGGAUCUUCUGCGACUUCGUGUGCCAUCUGACUUUCAGAGUCGGCUUUGCUUGUUUAGGGCAAUUGCAGCCUGUCUCGUUCUCUGUAUGGGUGCUCCCCUCGAUUCCCGCCGAUAUCCUUUCCGCGAGGCUAUUUUCUCGGGCUAGGAGUUGUGCUUCCCGUGUCCGCAGCUCUUUUUCCAUGGCUUCGAGUCGUUUCCAAACGGAUUGGAGACUUAGGGUUAAAUCUGCUUACCUAAGCGCUUUAAUUUGAAUACUUGAUAAUUACUUUUUGGGUGCUAUAUUUUUUUUUUAUAAUAUUUAUUUUAUACAGCGCGACACUUUCAUGUGGUUUGAGUUUUAGGCUAUGUUUAUGUGUUUUUGUUAUGACGCUCUCCUAUUUACCAUUUAUUGUAUUUAUUUAUAUUUUACAACCUUUUAUUUUAUUGCAUAUUGUUGAUUUUAUUUGUGUCUGUAUUUGUAUUUGUGUCUUGUUGGAAAAGCGUUUUUACUUGAACAUCUAAGCAUGGGUAAUAUGAAGGCAUUAGGUGAAAGGUGGUGUCGUUAUGUUACUUACCUUUAAUUUCUGUGUGCAGGCCGUGUUUGUAUGCUUUUACAAUACUAUUGUCUUUUGCUGGACAUUGAUUUUAAUAAUAAUAAUAAUAAUCUAUAUGAAAGUUGUAGUUGCUCUUCGUUUAUUAUUAUUAUUUUAUAGAAUCGGAUCAUCGUACAAUAGUUCGAAGAUGCGUGGUAAGGUAAUCAAAUAGUACAAAUCUUUGUCAUAAAAUGACAAUCUCUAAGAAUGACUUUACCUGAGUAUAAAAUGUAUAGAAUAUUGAUAAAAUACCCAAAUCAAAUGAAAUAUGUUUAUCUGCUUUUCAUGUUAUUUUAUUCACUUAUGAUUUAUAUAGUAUUCUUGUGUUUUAUGACCCAUGUUUUAGAUGUUUUGUAUAUUAUUUUUAUUUGAACUGUGUAAGUCGCCAGGGUUUUUAUGGUCCCUUUUCCCUGUGCUCUGACUCAACGGGCCACCCCUUUGUCUUUGCUUAAAUUAAAUCAGGGGUUUCAAAUUAAAUACUUG